GGUGCUGUGCCUGGCAGAGGGCUCUGGUGGAGAGUCAGAGAUGAGUGCCCUGCUCGUGGAUGAGAAGGAGAGCGCAGCGCCUGCUGGAAGCGCCUGGCCUGAAGAGAUCAUCCCCCUGGGGCCUGGGGAGUCCGCCAGGGAGGUGGUCUUGAAGAAGAUCCGGGCGCUCUCCAGUUCGGACCACAGAGAUCCGUUCAUGGUGGCCGACCUGGGUGUGCUGGCCAGCCGCCAUCGGGCCUUCUGCCAGGCCCUGCCGAGGGUCUCGCCCUUCUACGCCGUGAAGUGUAACAGCAGCCCCUGGGUGCUGCGUGUCCUGGCUGCUCUGGGCACCGGUUUCGACUGUGCCAGCCAGGUGGAGUUGGAGCAGGUUCUGAGCCUGGGCGUGGCCCCCUCACGCAUCAUCUACGCCAACCCCUACAAGUCCGUCUCCUGUCUCCAGUAUGCUGCCUGCCACGGGGUGCAGCUCCUGACCUUCGACAGUGAGGAGGAGCUGGCCAAGGUGGCCCAGCACCACCCUGGGGCCAGGCUGGUCCUUCGGCUCUGGACGGAGGACAAAACGAGCAUCUUCCCUCUGAGCGCCAAGUUUGGGGCCAGACUGGAAAUGUGUGAACGUUUGCUCAGGUUGGCCCGAGACCUGGGAUUGGCUGUGGUUGGAGCCAGCUUCCACGUGGGCUCGAACUGCUGGAAUGCCCACAUCUUCACACAGGCCAUCGCCGACUGCCGGCGCAUCUUUGAGAUGGGCCGCGAGGUCGGGCACGAAAUGAACCUCCUGGAUAUUGGAGGCGGGUUCCCGGGAGCGGAGGGCUCCCAGCCUAUGUUUGAGGAGAUAGUGACAGUGAUCCGCGCUGCCCUGGCCCGGGACUUCCCCGAGGGGACUGGCGUCGAAGUCAUCGCGGAGCCUGGCCGCUUCUACGCGGAGCCUGUCUGCACGGCUGCCGUCAACAUCAUCGCCAAGAAGGCUGUGCUGGAGGCCGGAGGCCACCGGAAACUGUUGUACUAUCUCAACGACGGCCACUAUGGCAUCUUCCGACUCUGCCUCAGGGAGCCUGUCCCCAGGACACCAAUAGUGGUGAAGGAGCUCAGCUCGAAUCCACCCCUCUUCCCCUGCAUCCUCUAUGGCCCCACGUGCGACGCCUUUGACAAGCUCUUCAAGCAGGAGGUGCAGCUGCCCGAGCUGGACGUGGGUGACUGGCUCAUCUUCCCCUUCAUGGGCGCCUACACUUGGGUCAUGAGCUCCACCUUCAAUGGCUUCCUGCCCGCCUCCAUCUGCUACGCCAUGGCACCCGAGUUCAGGAACCUGCUGGAGACAGCACCUUAAUGAAGCUGGGACGUGGUGGAACGGAUUGGCUCCAGAUGCUCCGGUGUGACCGUGUGGGAAAGCCUGGGGGUGGGGGGCUGGGAAGAGUAACAUGGGGAGCAAAGGUUUGGGUGCUUCUGAAAUGAUGAGACAACUUUUCAGAUUCAAAUGUUUUUUUCUCCCAAAGUUGGUCUGAAGCAUAGGGUAGCUCUUCAGGGCAGCCAUCCCCUCCCUUCCUCCCUGCUCCUACCCCCGGGCCCUGGGGUGGGGGAGAGCUGAGAAACCAGUCUCAUUAGGACACAUGCGCUGCGAAGACCAUAUCCCAGAGUGCCAAGCAACCUGCCUUGGCCAGUACCUUGAAUUUUUUUCAUCCUUCCUUUUAUCCAGUUAAUGACCCCUGUGUCAUUCCAGAAAGGUUUGUGUGAACUAGAGGUCCCCAUUCUGGUGGUAAGAACACUGCCUUUGGGGUCCGGCCUGGAGCAAAUCCAGGCUCCGCCACAAACGGACAGUGUGGCAAAAGCCUCAGUGUCUCCAUCAGUGGUGUGAGAAUGACCUUGGCAGAUUGUGGGGGGGAUUCGGUCAGAUCACAAAAAUGCUCAUGUCCAGAGCCCUGCCUGCCCCAGGCUGACCUGGUCCUGGGCCCCUCCUGCUUGGAGACCACCCCCUGACCCCACGGUCUGGGCAUCCUCUGGGAGCACACGUCACAUCUGGGCCACAAAGCCAAUGGGCCAGGCAUGCGGGUGUCUGAGCUGGCCUUGGCCUUAACAAACCCCCAGUGUGGGAGAUGGGAGGACAAGGAGCAGAAACACCCAACUCCCAAAUAAGUCAGAUGCUACUGUGUGUCCCCCAAGGACAUGAAAACUGCAGAAACAAUAUUUGGGAAAUUCUGAGCUGAAAUAAGAGGAUGUGUUUUACAGGCAAGGACACUGGCAGAGUGUAGGGACACAGCAGUACAACCAGUCACGUUUCUGUAGCGAGCAGAGGUGGAGUGGGCCUCAGAGGCCAAGGCCACUCACCUCCUGCAUCCCGAGUCCUUCUCAAGCUUCACCUGAUUUGACUUGUCCGAUUCUCCCCUUCUGUAAAUGGUCCCCGUCAUCCACCAGCCAGCUCCCCCAAUCUGAAUGCUGCCUCCACAACUCAGCCACGAUCGGAGAUGUUUUCCAGCAUCCUCAUGCCAAAGAGAUUUCUCUCCAUGGACACCCGAGAAGGGAUGGGCUGCAGAUGCCCCAUAAGGAAGCCAGAGGGCUCAGCCAGCCUUCUGACCCUGUGUUACUCGUUCCUUUGCUCCCGGAUGCAGAAACUUCGGGGUGGAAACAACAACCACUCUUGCCCCCUCGGAGGUCUCUGGAAGCACAAAUAUGAGUGGGCUUUAGGUAAACAUAAAGUUAUA